AAAACAAAAAACUAACACAUGAUUACACAACAUUUUAUAUACAUAAGCACUUUUUUCCUUUACAAUAAUGUGUAACACUCUAUUUCGAUAGUCCACUUUAGACAUUCUACUAACUAUAAGUAACUUUUCAACUACAUGUCUACUAACUGUCAUUAGAGAAUUAGUAGACUGUUUGCUUAAUCGCUGCUAAAACCUUAUUGUGUUGGUCUCCCAACAGACAUUCUACUGUCUAUAAGUAACCUGGCAACUACAAUUCAACUUAUUCUCCUAACCUGAACACCUAACCUGACAGAGUUAGUUGACCUGAAGUUGAAAAGUUACUUAUAGUUAGUAGGAUGUCUAAAGUGAACUAUCGAAAUAAAGUCUAACCAAAUAGGGUAUAUUUGAUGUGGUUAUCUAAUCUCUUAAUGCAGAUUUAAAAUUUUUGGACCAUUUUCACAGACCUUGGUGAUGCCUUUCCCCCCAAAAAAGUAUUACUUUACUAUUAUAUACUUUACAUUGUAUUACUUGGGCAUUCUAUUAAAGAAACAGGUAUCACUUAUUGUGGUAAGGUUUGUAAUACUGCUGCUGAAGGAGUGAUGUUGAAUUAAAAAAUGUUCACCGCUGUUCUGUGGUUAUGGUUAAAUCAGGUUACAUGAGUCAGGCAAAGUGAUAUCAGAUAACACUGGCAGUACAAGACAGGAAGAAAUGUCAGCAACCAUGUCAGAGGAUUAUGCUGAAAGGGAGGAAAGGGCCUCAACAUCACUCACUACUUUUUUCUCAGCCACUACCAGCCCAUCAGCAGAGCCUGCCACUGAAGAGUGGAAAAUUGAGCCUGAUCUUGAAACAGCUGCCCGGCUGUUUCGAAGACAUAUCUUAAAGAAUGCUGAGGACAAACCAGACCUAGUUGUUACACUAGAUCUACACAGCUGUGAAAAGGAUCGAGAACGGGAAAUGUUAACUUUUUAUAAACGUCCAAAUAUUGAUUGGACAAGUCCGUUUACUGUAAAACUGAAAGGUGAUGCUGCAUUAGGGGAUGGAGUAACACGGCAUUUUUUCACAUUGGUAAUGGAUAAGCUCCACAAUGGAUUUGAACUGGACAUUGAUAACUGUGGAAAAACACUUUUAUUCAACGGAGAAGAUGAUCACAAGGUCCCUUCGACAUCUAGACCACUUUUGGAUGGUGACCUGUUCAGAGUUGUGGGAAGAAUGAUUGGACAUUCAUUUAUUAAUGGAGGUCCACUCUACUCAGGACUUAGUGCAGCUUUCUUCCCCCUUUUAAGUGGCAGUAAGGAUGAUACUCCAAUUUUGGAGUUGAAGGACUGUCCUGAUACAGAUGUGAUUGAAGUUGUGUCCCUUCUGGAAAGCCAGAAUGAACUAAAUCCGAACGAAAUGGACAGUAUCAACAAUCUGGCCAUCAGUUGGGACCUGCCAGCAGUCAGCAACAUCAACAGAAGAUGGUUGGCAGAAACCAUUCUCUACCAUGGGGUUAUUGGUCGACGUGAAAAACAGAUCGCACAGCUGCGGAGAGGACUCAAAGACACUGGUGUUUUGAGAAUGAUAAAAGAACAAACCAGUUUAGCUGGAGUACUGUUUCCCAGAUCUUCUGCACUAGUACUGGAACCAGAGAUGAUACUUAAGAGGGUCAUCUGGCCAGAACCUGACAGUGAUGAAGAUGAAGCCCAAUUCAACCUGGAGCAAUCUUGUGACGUUACAGCCUUCUUGCGUGAAUAUAUUCAAACAGGAUCACCUGCUGAACUGUGCGAGUUGAUGAAGUUUUGGACUGGCUGGACGGUUCUGCCUCAACAUCUGUAUGUUGAAGUGUCACCUGACCUUACACUGCCAGUGGCUUCAACCUGCCUCACAACACUAAAACUUCCUUUAAGAUGCAGAACCUUUCUUGCAUUUACACAAGCCAUGAGAGCAGCAGUUUCAUCCACAAGGUUUGGCUUUGGCCUUGUCUGAGUUGUUACAUUUAAAGUUGGUCAUGAACCGAUAAAUGCAUGUUUGGGAAAAAAAUGAAUGACGUGUUUGUCGUCUUCAGCAUUUUUAUUGUUGUUUUAUGAAUGCAUGUUCUUGAAAGGAACUUUCCCAGUUUUGCAUUGUUCAAAAUUCUUGUGAGUUAAAUGAAGUUUACAUAAGAACAAGUUAUCAGAAAGCCUUGCUGUAAUUCAGGCAUUUCAUACACAAUGUUACAAUAAACUCACCAAAAGAAAGUCA